AUGUUCACAGGAAUUGUUGAAGAAAUCGGCGUCAUCGCCGAGCUCAACCCCAAUGACUCCACCGGCGGGACUUCCCUGACCGUCGCCUUGCCCAGGGAAUCCACCCUACUCUCUGACUGCCACCUCGGCGAUUCGAUCGCCGUCAAUGGUGUCUGCCUGACCGUCACUUCUUUUACCGUGACCCCCGCGCCGCAGUUCACGGUCGGCAUUGCUCCCGAGACGCUGCGCCUGACGAAUCUGGGCGACCUGACCCAGGGCUCGCGGGUCAAUCUUGAGCGGGCUGUGCGCGCGGACACGCGUAUGGGCGGGCACUUUGUGCAGGGGCAUGUUGACACGACGGCGGAGAUAAUCGAUAAGCGGCCGGAUGGGAAUGCAGUUACGUUCAGGUUCCAGCCGAAGAAUAGGGAAGUGCUGAGGUAUGUUGUGUUCAAGGGGUUUGUGGCGAUCGAUGGGGCCAGUUUAACGGUGACCAAAGUGAAUGAUGAGGAGGGUUGGUGGGAGGUCAUGUUGAUUGCGUACACGCAGGAGAGGGUGGUCACGGCGGCGAAGGAAGUCGGGCAGACGGUCAAUGUGGAAGUGGAUAUGACAGCAAAGUAUGUUGAGAAGGGAUUGAUGGGGUAUUUGGAGGGGUUGGAGAAGGAAAAUGGAGAGGGGGGCGUCAGCACGGUGUUGGAGAGAAUGGUUCAGAGAGCUGUGGAGAAGGCGUUGGCGGAGAGGAAGUGA